GGACAAACCCAAAAGACUAAAGAAAAGGGACAAUGAGCUGGACACACACACACACACACACACACAUCGGAGGAGAUAAGCUAUCUUCGUCUCAGUUACUAAGAGAACUCUUGAGGGGAGCAUUGUGCAGCUACUGAUCUCUCAGUGAAGGAACAGACGCAGCAUGCACACACUCUCUCUCCUCCUCAUCCUCCACCUUCUGAAGCCAGGCGUGUGUGAGACCUGUUCCCUGGUGGUCAGUCCUGCUGGGCUGGUGGUGAAGUAUGGAGCCCCUGCUUCGGCCAACUGCACCUCUGAUACGGUCACCUCUAUGGGCUGGGAGCCGAGCCUAGGAGAAUCUCCGCUCUUUGGCACUGAGGUGAAAGAGCUGACUUGGAGAGUAGACAGCCUGACUGACUGGAAUAUAAAGCCUCAAUGCUUUGAGAUCUCUGAGGUGGGAGGCCAGUGUGCCAGAGUGCUGAAAGUUACUGUUUACAAGCUUCCAGACAGAGUCUCCAUCAGAUAUUUAAACCACUCUGGUCCCGUGGUUGAGGGGCAUCGGUACUCUCUGCAUUGUUUUGUCCAGAACACCGCUCCUAUUGAGCACCUCAGAGUGACCUUCUUCAAAGUCUCUACCAAUGGUGAACGGACAGUGUUAUACACACAACCCCUGAACAAUGACAUUCACCAAUUGAACAAUGACAUGAGGCAACCGGUGAACGAGAGCUAUUCUCUGCAGUUCUCCCCCACUAGUGUUGACGACGGGGCCCAGUGGUUUUGUUCAGCCAUGUUGGAUCUGGGACCAGAGGGACCCCGACCUCCUGCUGUAAUGGAAUCAGACCGCCUCAACACCACUGUGCACUUCGCUCCUGAGUUCUCCUGUUCUGCCAAGCUAGAGGUGCGAGCGGGGGAGGGGCUAACUUGUGAUGUCAGAGGCAAUCCCCUCCCAUCGGUCACCUGGCUGAGAGACGGACAGGAGCUUCCUGUCAGGCUGCUGGGAGUGCCACGGUGGCUGUGCUGCUCCACCAGCUCAUUCAUUGGCUAUAUUGAAUGAUUAUUUUAUUGAUUGAACGGUUGAGUUAUUCAUUGACCAAUUAGGACACCGAUCUCUGUGCUGGAGCUUUGUGAUUUGACAGUGAUCUGUGAGGGAGUCUUCAAUAGAUCUGGAAUCAGAGUUAGUAGAAAACCCUUUUUGCCUAAAUGUGAAAUGAGCUGUUUUGAAAUGUGUUAUUUUGAAGUAGUGCUAUUGAACAGGUCUGUAAUUAAGCAAUAAGGCCCGAGGGGGUGUGGUAUAUGUCCAAUAUACCAUGGCUAUGGGCUGUUCUUAUGCACGACACAACGGUAUAAAUGUUUAUUUCAAAUCCUAACCUUAAAUGUUUAUUACUAAUAAACUAUAUAAAUGUUUCGGCCUAAUCCUAACCCUAACCCUAAUCCUAACCCUAACCCUCAUCCUAACCCUAACCCUAAUCCUAACCCUAACCCUAAUCCUAAUCCUAACCCUAACCCUAACCCUAAUCCUAACCCAGUCUCUAGCAACAGAUCUACCAUAAUCCUAACCCUAAUCCUAACCCUAAUCCUAACCCAGUCUCUAGCAACAGAUCUACCAUAAUCCUAACCCUAAUCCUAACCCAGUCUCUAGCAACAGAUCUACCCUAAUCCUAACCCUAAUCCUAACCCUAAUCCUAACCCAGUCUCUAGCAACAGAUCUACCAUAAUCCUUAUUGCAAUGUGUUUGUUGUCUAUGUCUUUUGUGACGAAUAAAAGUCGACCCAUAAACUGUCA